AUGAAGGUAUUUAAUGAUCCGCGUAAUAGUACAAAGAGUGGACCCCCCAUGAAGUUCCAUAAUUUUAACAUAAAUGAUUUGAAUAAAUUAAAAAUUAAUGAUGAUACGAUUUUCGAAAAUGAAACAUAUGAUAAUGAUUUUGAUAAUGAAACUCAUGAAUUUUAUAAUUCAAAAUAUAUGAAUAAUACAAAUAAGCAAGUUUUCCCUUAUGAAACAUUAUAUAAUAUUGAAGCCCAUUUUGGUCAUUUAAAUAAAACAGGAAGAAAUUAUGAAAAUAAAUUAGCAAAUGAGAAUGAUUUGAUUUUUAAAAAUGAAAUGUUAAAAAACUUAUUAAACAGUUCUCAAAAAGUUAAAGAUAUGCAAAGAAAAUUAAUUAAUGUUGAUGAAAGAAAUUUUAUUCAAGUACUACCACCAGAAUCAAAAAGAUUAUAUUCCAUUCCAAGAGAAUUUCCAAACACGCAUAUUAAUAUAAAAGAGAAUAAAGAUGCUAAUUAUAACUAUAUAAAUAAUAAAAAUCAUAUCAUAAGAAACACCAAUAAGCUUUUACAUAAUAAUAAAGAAUAUGAAGGUAAUGUAGUAAUACAUAAAAACAAAUAUGAAAAUAGAAAUGUAAAUAAUAACAACAUUUCAAUACAAAACAAAUCAAAUUUAGAAACAAUUCCAAAAGUAAAUAAUCCCGAAAUAGGAGAAAUCAAAGUUAAUAUAGAUGAUAUCAAAACUGGUUUAUUGUCAUAUUAUUCAAAUGUUUUUUCGUUAGACCAUUAUGAUAUAGAAGAUCGAUUAAAUAUUUUAAAGUAUGGUAAAAAACAAGAUGCGUCCAAUGAUAUUAAAUAUUCUUAUAUAAAUAGAAAAAAUUAUAAACCAGUAAAUAGGUUAUCAUUUAUCCAACACACUAAUGAGCUUAAUGGCCCCAAUUCUUCUUCUUAUCAACAUCUAAAGCCUGAAUAUUACUAUAACGAAAUGGAUUCUAAUACACAAAAAAUGUAUUCGUACAAUAAUAGCCCUUGUAAAUAUACCCGUAACUCGAUAAAUGAUUGUAGAGAUAAAUAUGACCAUGCUGGACAGAUUUCCGAGUUAUUACUGAGUUUAAAAAAUAAGUGCGAUAAUGCAAAUUUUAAAACUGAAAAUAUUAUUUCCCGAUUUAAUCGUAAAUAUGAAAAUCCUGAUAGCCGCUUUUGGAUCCAUAACCUCGUUCCAACGCAUUUAAGAAAACCACAGUUAAAUAACGAAGACGGAAUAAGAAGUCAUUUAGUGGAAACAUAUUCACAAUUAUAUAAUGAGGCGAUGUUAAAUACCAAAAAAAUUACAACACUUGAAAAAAAAUUACAUAUAUUAAAACUAAGAGCUCAAAUGUUUAAAAAUGGUUAUAAUAGAAUGGAAACCCGUAAUGCCUUGUAA